AUGGCGCCUCGAAGCAGCCUGGUGAGCAGAUUGCUGCUGGUUGCAGUUGCCAGCACCGUCGUGAACCUGUCCUUCACGGGAGGACCAUCGCGCCCUUCUCCGCAGCGCAGCUCCCUCACACUGGCCGCCACAAAGGAGGAAGCAAAAGUCUUGAAGUUAUGUGAUGAGUUUCCCGCCGAUGCCGACGCUGAUGAUAAGGAGGAGCUUCUUAAAGCGAUUAAGAAGCUACCUGGAACUGGUAGGCAAGAGUCUUACGAUCGCUUCGUCGGCGAUUGGAAAGUCGAGUGGAGUACUCUGGGUGGUCGUGCCUUUCAGAAGCGCAAGGGAGGUGGAGACGGACCGCCAAUGACUCUGAAGUUCGUCUCCUUCACAGCUUUGCCUGCGACACCGGUGCAGUUCACUGGCUCGUACAACAGAGUCUCCGGAACACCCACGGGUGGAACAUACCAAUUGCUGCAGACAUUCACACUGCCCGACAACAAGGAGGGCACUGAAGCUGCCAUGGUCCUGGAGGGCAGCUGGAGCACCGGUGAUUCCGAGGGCAACUGGGGCAAAGGGGCACCGAGGACUCGCGUUCCAACCGAAUUCCAAACAGUUCGGCUUGUCCCCUCCAUCAAGGACGAGGACAAGAGCCGAGCAAUGCUGGAGGCUGCUGGCCUAGGCAAGUAUUUCGAGCGGACACCGGUCAAUGCAAAGGCGACCUACAUUGACCUGCAGCAUGUCAGCGAAGAGAUGCGUCUUCAUCAGGGUGAGUCCGGCCAGAUGUACAUCCUCUCCAAGAUCGGUGACGGAGAGAUUCCCUUCGUCCUGGAGUGCUCCUUUCUGGCGAGCUCUGGUGAAGCGGGGAAGAGCAAGUGCUCAUUGGAUUUAGACUCGCUUCGCCGCUGGUUUCGCCUGAGAAUUGCCAACCUGCGAACGAAAGCGUCUGAAGGCUUGGGAUUGGAAUCCCUUCCUGACGAAAUCGCCAAGCUGCAGCCCAAGGACGGAUGCUUUGCGCGCGUAGCCUUGACGCUGGAGUGGCCGAGUGUCAACAUCCUCGACGAAAACACGUUCGAGGUGCCAGUUGCGGCCACGGGGCGGUGUCCAAGCCAUCCGCAUCCGCUACUCUACUUGUGCACCUCAGAGGACGACGUUUAUGUCGUGAUCAUCCCCUGGCACGGCGCUGUGCCCGUGAGGGAUCAGGAUAUCUUCCUGGGCUGCACAGACAUUCUUCGUGGAGCUCAGCCUCUGGAGGAGAAUCCCUUUGCUAGCAUCCGGCUGUACAACCUUGAUGUACGGCGGUCUGUCCACCAGAGCCCCAUUGAAAAUGCAGCGGCUUUUGGGAUGGCGUCUGAGAGUCUGCAUGCCUUCGAGUUUUCCUCGCUCUCUGUUUCUUCCGGCAGGGUGAUGCCGGGGAAGCUCCAGAAGAGCGGCUUGCAGGGCGAACUGUUCAUCGCUCGGAGGCCGUUUGCAGUCUGUUUGUGGCAGAAAGAGAUGGAUGACUUGAACAUCCCACUCUCUGUGACAAUGGUGCCCUAG